CAAUCUUGGCAAGGGGUAUCUACUGGGUUUUUAGGUACCGAUUCUACCGAAGUCUGGAAUAGCGAAGAAAGAACGGAAUCACACUUUCGAAGAUCCGAUUUGUCUCUGCCAAAUAGCACUAAACAUUUUAGGGUUUCAAAGCAAUCUUGAAAAUGCUGAGUCGAUUCUUAUAUGCUGAUAAGUUUUCCAGGGUUUCAAAGCAAUCUUGAAAAUGCUGAGUCGAUUCUUAUAUGCUGAUAAGUUUUCCAGGCACUUUUGAAUCUUGGUUACAUGAAUUGGUUAAAGGGUUUGCGUUGUUUCACCAACUGUCCUAAAUCCCCUGGAGAGAUUUUCAAAUGUGGUGCAUUACAGUAUUCUAUUGUGAAUGAGCAUCAACAUGGUGUUCUUGAUUCUGGAAGUAUCAUAACCCGUUUGCAACAAGAAAGAGGAUGUGCAAUUGCAACAUCAUUUCAGCGAUCUGGUUUGGGUUCUAAAUAUAUGAAUCUUCAAGAAACAAUGAUCUUAGCAAAAAGUAUGUUUUGCAAAUUUAAAUUGCCAUAUCGUUUGAAAGGAAACGUAUUCGGGCCAAAACAAUAUGCAAUGACCAUAUCUCGUCAAUUUGGUCAAGGCACACAAAAUGAUCCAAACUUGGAUAGAAAUUUUCUAGUACAGCUCUGGGUUGCAGAUAAAAAAAUGAAAAAAUUUGGAGGUAGAAGAAGACGGAAGAUUGAUAAGGAUGCAACCCAUGGUGAAAAUAUUAUAGAAGGAUGGUUUUCGGGCUCAUCUACAAAAGAAGAAAAAAUUGACUAUGAUCUGCCGAAACCAGUUUUCGGGCAACCACCUCUUAGUCAACCUGCCACAGGUUUCUUGAAACCAACAUCUUCAGAGGAGGCCCUCGUUGCACCUCUUCUUGCAAGAUCCAAUUUGUUGAUUACUAGGGACAUAGAGUGGGCAAAUCUUGUUCUUGGAUUUGAGCAGGAAAAUCGUUACUUUGUAGUAGAUAUCUGCUACCCUCAAUCACCUGUGGGUUUAAUCUGUGAAAAGAGUAAUGUCAUUGCCAGACAGUUGCUUCGUCUUAGGCGCCCUUUUGUGGCUGACAUAACUGAUGCCCUGAGUAAUGAUUUCUUUAGGGUCCGGAGGCCCUUUUGGUGGAUAACCAGCUCAAUUUAUGCAGAGAUAGAUGGUAAGGAAGUUGGUGUCGUUCACAGAAGAUGGCAUCUGUGGAAGAGGAUUUAUGAUUUGUACUUGGGUGAUAAGCAGUUUGCAGUGGUUGAGAAUCCUGGCUUUUGGAACUGGACAUUUACUUUGAAGGAUAUUGAUGGGGGAGUUCUGGCUCAAAUAGAACGUGACUGGAGGGGUUUUGGUUUUGAGAUCUUCACUGAUGCUGGCCAGUAUGUUAUCCGAUUUGGGAGUGUUGAUAGUACCGCCAUCAUUGGCCCUGCUGGAGUGCUUCAAGAGUUAGAAGUAACCCGUCCCCUGACUCUGGCAGAGAGAGCAGUAACCGUUGCACUUGCUAUAUCGCUGGAUAAUGAUUAUUUUUCAAGACAUGGAGGCUGGGGAAUUCCUUUUGUUGCGGAUGAAUAACAUGUCAUGUUGCGGAUAAAUUAGUUACACUUAUUUUCUGUCUGAAGCUGGCUAUAGAACAACUCUUCUAAUUCUUUAUGUCCAAGCAAAUUGAUGAUUUGCUGUGAACUUUACCAGUGAACUAGUUGGAUUCUUCAAUUGCGACAACUCUUUCUUUUUUUGUUC